GCUGCCGCGCUGUGUGCGCCGUCGCCAUGGUAACCUUGCUAGCCCUCGGCCUAGGAAGCGGUAUUUUUGGAGUUAAUGGAGUCAGAAGGACCCCCAGAGCCAGAGGGUUCAGAAAAAUCACUGUUUUUCUCACAGCAUGAAGAACAGGAAGAUGAAGAAGAAGAAGAAGAAGCCAAAGAAGAAGAAGAAAAAGAAGAAGCCAAAGAAGCAGAGGAAACUGCCACCAUUAAUCCCCUCUUACAGCCUGCACUCACAGGGGAUGUAGAAGGUCUGCAGGAGAUAUUUGAGGAUCCUGGGAACCCUCACCAUGAACAGGCCAUGCAGCUACUCUUGGAAGAAGACCUGGUUGGGAGAAAUUUGUUAUAUGCAGCUUGCAUGGCUGGGCAAAGUGAUGUGAUUAGAGCUUUGGCCAAAUACGGUGUGAAUCUGAAUGAAAAAACAACCAGAGGUUACACACUCUUACACUGUGCUGCAGCUUGGGGUCGUUUGGAAACUUUGAAAACCCUGGUGGAAUUGGAUGUUGAUAUAGAAGCUCUGAACUUCCGGGAAGAAAAAGCUCGAGAUGUUGCUGCUCGGUAUUCCCAGACUGAGUGUGUUGAAUUCUUGGACUGGGCAGACGCAAGGCUGGCACUGAAAAAAUAUAUUGCAAAGGUCUCUGCAACUGUUACAGACCCAGAAAAGGGCCCAGGGAAGCUUUUUAAGGAAGACAAGAAUACCAUCCUCAGUGCAUGCCGUAUAAAAAAUGAGUGGUUGGAAACCCAUUUGGAAGCUUCCAUUAAUGAGCUUUUUGAGCAGAAACAGCAACUGGAAGAUAUUGUGACUCCUAUCUUCACAAAAAUGGCUACACCACGUCAAGUGAAAAGUGCCAAAUCUGUAUUCUAAGCCAUGAUCAGAAAAGAAGCCAAGAUCAUACCUUCUACUGAACAUACAUUUUUAAAAAGGCCACAUUUUCUUCUAGUAUCUAUAGAGGCAAACCUAUUCAUGCCAACUGAAGUUAAGAAAAUAGAUGUGGGGUUUUAUAAAAAUGUUCAAGUAUGAAAUUAAAUCACCUUUGUUUUGUUUUACUCCAUUCAGCAUGCUAAUGUACAGACUCUCUGGCCCUGCCUCUGCCCCUUGCAAGUCAGCCUCAUGUGAGUUCCACGUGCUCCUUCCGGAGAGCACCAGUGUAUGACUCCCUCUAAAAGACCAUAUGGAAGCUCUAAAAGCUGCUUGGAGAAUCUAACAAUUUUCUGUGUAAUUGAGGCAGGAAAUUUCUCUUUCACUGAGGAAUUCUGUUUUUUAAAAAAGACGUAUUUUCUAUUUGCAGAGGAAAAAUAUUUUCUUCUCUCAAAUGGAAAGCUAUGGGAUAACAUUCUAGAGCAAUGAAAUGUUAAGAAUGGUUUGGAUCAGACCUCAAAUUAAACAGCUAUUUAUUUCCUAUGUCCAAAUUAAAAUUCACCUUUAAGGUAGGAUAUAGUCUCUUAGUAAAUCUCAUUUCUUUAUCUUAAUCUCCUUCUAAAUUUAAUAAACACAGAUCUUUUUUUAUACUUAGAUUUCCCCUAUUCUGUAGUUUUGGCAAUACAGUUAUUAUAAAUGGAUUCCAUUUGGCGAUAUAGUUAUUGUAAAUGGAUGCUAUUUUCCCUUCUGUUUUAUAUUAUGUAGGUUUUAACUGUCAUUGAUGGUUUCAUAUCAGUGAUUUGGAAUGUCCUUUGUUCUUGUUUGUCUGAGAGCCCCUGAACCUUCUAUGACUCUGAUUUUCUGGAAAAGUUUUACAGAGUGAAAAUUAUUCUCUUCUUUGUCCUGCCCUGAAAGCUAGUUUUUCCACUGUAGAGAGGAAGGAAAAGAAAUGGGCAAUUCAGUAAUUCCUUAUUGGUUGACAUUUUCUUUCUUUUUUUUUUUCUUUUUUUAGGGCCCCACCCGUAGCAUAUGGAGGUUCCGGCCAGGGGCUGAAUCAGAGCAGUAGCUGCCAGCCU